UAAAAACAGACAAUUUAUAGAUACUGCUACUCUGAAAAUUUCCUCCUGAAGCUUCAAUUUUGAGAAAAUGGCGGAUUCUGAAACCCUAGUUACUGCUCCAUCUAAUAGCCUAGAAGAAGACAGCAACGCUAACGAUGUUUUGAUGCCCGACGCUAAGAACGCUACUGAAGGCUCCGACUCCGACUCAGAAUCCGAAUCGGACUCCGACUCUGAAGAUGACUCCCAGGCGAAGGCUCAAAUUGAAGCACUAGAAACACAGCUCUACAAUAAUCCAUCGGAUUACGAUACUCAUGUCCAAUAUAUCAAAGCUCUGCGGAAGCAAGGGGAGUUAGAGAAGCUGAGUCAAGCAAGGGAAGCAAUGAGUUCGUUAUUCCCACUGACUCCUGAUAUGUGGCGCGAAUGGGCUAAAGAUCAAACUACUAUUAGCACCUCGCUAGAAGCACUCCCUCAGAUCGAAAAGCUGUAUGAACGAGGAGUGUCUGAUUAUAUGUCUGUUGACCUUUGGUGUGACUACUUAAAUUUUGUACAAGAACAUGAUCCUUCUGUCAAAGAAUGUUCUGCUGUGGGCAUCUCGAAAGCAAGAAAUCUGUUUGAGCGUGCACUUACUGCUGCUGGCUUGCACGUUGAUGGAGGUCACCACAUAUGGGAACUGUACAGGGAAUUUGAACAAGCGAUAAUUUUUACCAUUGAUGAAACUGACUCUGCGGCAAAAGAAAAGCAGAUCCAGCGCGUGCGAAAUUUAUUUCAUCGCCAGUUGUCUAUUCCCCAUACCGACCUAAAAUCAACACUUGCUGCUUACCAGGCCUGGGAAGCUGACCAGGGGCGUCUCAGUAAUGCUAACGAUGAAGAGUUGGAUGACCUUCCAUCUCAUGUUGUCUCUGUAUAUCAAAAGGCAUUGGAGAUGCUGAAUGACCGUGCUCAUCAAGAAGAAAAGAUUUCCAAGAGCAAUACAGAUUCUGAAAAACUUCAAGAUUUCAUGGCUUACUUGAAAUUUGAGCACUCAUCUGGUGAUCCAGCACGUAUACAGAUCUUGUAUGAACGAGCUAUAGCUGUGUUUCCUGUAUCAGCUGAUCUAUGGCUUGACUAUACACAGUAUCUGGAUAAAACAUUCAAGACUGCCAGAAUUGUGAGGGACAGUUAUUAUAGGGCCACAAGGAACUGUCCUUGGGUGGGUGAAUUGUGGGUUCGAUACUUGCUUGCCCUGGAGCGUAGUCAUGCUUCUGAGGAAGAGUUAUCCACAGUAUUUGAACGAUCACUGCUGUGCACUUUUUCAGGAUAUGAUGAGUAUCUAAAUGUAUUCCUCACAAGAGUAGAUGGGUUAAGGCGGAGAAUGUCUUCAUCUACAGCUGUGAAGGCUGAAGUGGACUAUGCAAUUAUAAGGGAUAUAUUUCAGCGUGCAUCAGAUUACCUAUCCCCACAUCUCAAAAACACAGAAAGCUUACUUCGCUUGCACAGUUAUUGGGCUCGACUGGAGUUGAAGUAUGGAAAAGAUUUGACCGUGGCUCGUGGUGUUUGGGAGAGCUUGCUUAAAAUAUGUGGGUCUAUGGUGGAAGCUUGGCAAGCUUAUAUAGCAUGGGAGAUUGAGACGGGCAAUACAAAAGAAGGCAGAUCCCUUUACAAGAGAUGCUAUAGUAAGAGAUUCCCUGGAACAGGCUCAGAGGAUAUUUGCCAUUCAUGGCUGCUCUUUGAGAGAGAAUAUGGAUCACUUGAAGAGUUUGAUAUUGCUGUUCAAAAGGUGUCUCCUCGCCUUCAAGAAUUGCAGCUGUUUAGGUUACAACAGGAGAGCAAAAAUGUCAUUCCUGCUGCAAAUGAGAGAGAAAAUCCAUCCAAGAAAAGUGCCCGGGAAAAGAGGAAGCUAACUUCACAUUCAGUAGAAGAACAGCCACCAGCUAAGCAUCACAAAAGUGUUGCUCAGGACUCCAGUAAAAAAAUUCAGAAUGAUAAAGGUCAGCCAGGGAAAUCAGCUGAGCCAAGUGAAGCUGCUGAGUUAAAAAACAAAAAUGCUGACCAUCCUAAGAACCAGGAAAUACAGGAUAAAUCCUCUAAAAAAUCUAUUCAAUUUAAUGAUCAAUGCACUGCCUUUGUUUCCAAUCUGAAUCUCCAGGCAACUGUUGAUGAUCUGCAUAAUUUCUUUGCUGAUGCUGGUGGAGUUGUUGCCGUUCGAUUACUAAAGGACAAAUUUACCAGGAAAUCAAGAGGGUUGGCAUAUGUGGAUUUCUCGGACGAUGCACACCUUGCAGCAGCUUUACAAAAGAACAAAAAAAUCUUUAUGGGCAAGAAGUUAAGCAUUUUGAAAUCAGAUCCUAAGCAAGGCAGGAAGAAAGAAGUUGCUGGGCGUAGUGGCAGAGCAGAACAUGGAAGAACAGACACACGAGAGACUCCCAAGGGGAAAAUGGACAUUCAGCCACAAUCUCCCACUUCUGGGCAUGGUGAUGUUCAGCUUAAGGGGAGGAACACAUUUGCAGUACCAAGAAAUGUGAAACCUCUCGGUUGGAGCAGUCGAAGCACACCACCAUCUGAUACAGCUAGUGAACAGGAGGCCGAUAACCCCAAAUCUAAUGAUGAGUUCAGGAAGAUGCUAAUGAAAUCAUGAAGGUCAACUAAGCCACUGGCUAUGCUACUUGAUGAUCUUUUUCUAAUUGGGCACACGUCGAUAAUCUUUAUUAGUAUGAUAUCAAGCAGUGUUUCUUCACUCAUAUAUCAGUUUGACAAGUCUUUUCUAAUGGUUGUCAAGAUCGUAAUUUUUCAAGAGGGAUACACAUUUAUGGCUCGUUAGACACGGUUGAAA